AUAAAAUCCCUUUGUUCUGAUUGUUGUGCGGCUGUGGAGUCUGUAAAUAACUGGUAUUGCACAAUCUAGGUAGUUUUGCCUUGGAAAUUUGAUAUUGAAUUUCACUUUGAUGCCUGGUCCAAGUGAAUAUCAGCGUAACAGCUCCCAACCUUGCUUUGAUAGAGCAGAUAGACAAACAAGCCACGUGUUAAGGGCCGAUGUGUUUCCACCUGCCAAUGCAAGAAGCUUUUGGCAGAACGGUGCAAAACAUUUCAGUACCAUGAACUUUUCCAAGCAGUGGCCAUCUCAGUGAAGAAAUUGUUUGUUCUGGGCAUGAGCCUGGCAGUACCUGGAAAGCCGAGUGCUGGGCAGCCUUGUGCCGAGGCGCAGAGUGCGAGAGAGAUGGAAGGAGACAGCCAGCUCGCAGCACAGGCUGACUGGCCAGAAAUAAUGACUUAUUUAGUCAUUGGGCUAUAAAUGAGAGCUGGAUGUUUGGCUACUUAGAUUUUAGUUGUCUUACUGAAGGUGUCUGGCUCCAGUGGCUAAUACAGAGACUCUUCAUUAAUGCAGGAUUUGUGCUGGGGGUGGUACUUGUUUUCCUGAUAAGCAUCAUCAUAGGAAGGCAUAUGAUAACCACUGAAACCUUUGGCCUCUAUAAAUCCGAUAACAAUCACUUACUGUGUAUUUCUAAGGUUCCAGAUGCUUUUUGCUGGAGCUUCCUGACUUGAUUAGCCUCUGUACUCUUCACAGAGCUUCUCAAACUUAAUCUGUAAUGAAGAGCAGCUUUUGUUGAAUAAAUCCAGAUUUAAUUAUGUUUAUUACAGUUUGUAAUCCAAAUGGCAUUGAUAACUGUAGUAAGUUAAAUCCCUUACAUGAGUGGCCUAAAUUUUUUAGCCCAUUAGAAAGCCACAAUUCCAAAAGGAAUUUGUGCAAGGAUGCAUAACUGAUGGUGUUGGUGGGAUUUGCUGGAACACUGCAUUGUGUGCUUCAGGUAUUGGGUGGCUGGAAGAGCUUGGGGGAUAAGUCCGAGAAUAGCACUGAGGACUGUGAAAACUGAUAUCAGGAGAGGUUCUUCCAGAGUUGGAUUUGUCAGAGGAGAGGUUAAGAAAUGGCUGGAAUACAGUUACAGAUUGGGAAAAAGUGUGGUUUUUUAGCUCCUACGACCUCACAAAACUGAUGAUGGUGGUCUAAGGGUUGGCAGCUGAAGUUCACAAACGCCGGUGAGAGCGCAGCCUGUACGAGUGAGCAUCAUUCGUCACUAGAAACGCUUCCAGUUGCAUACUGGAUGCUCUUCCAUGCAGCGAGUGGUGGAUCAGUGGAGCCUUGCUGCGGCGAUCUGACAGUGGAAAGACGAUUGCUGGUGGUCUUCAUUCAUUGUGUGGGUUUUAGUGAUUCCAAGCCCUAAACCAUCCACAAGGGUGCAGUUGGAGGGUGAACUGUGAAUGGACUGAGGGCUGUGAGAUACCUGGAGUCAACAGCUUAAUGUCAAGGAGAGCGAGCUGGCAAACAAAGCAAAAUGCUGGCGUUCCCACCUGCGUGGGACCACCGCCAAGGUGAUGCUGGAGCUGGGACACACAGUGGCUGCAGGGACAGAUCUUACAGCUUACAAAAAACUAAGAGGAAAGCACACUAUACUUCAUUAUUUUUUAAUGGGGAGGAAGGGCGAUUAAUUAUUGGGGUCAGAGUGAAUAUUUUACUUUCAAUGGAUUAAAACCUAAAAGUAUACAUACCUAAAACACCAGAAGGGGCCCUGUGGGAGCUGUUUGACUAACCGAGCUCAGAAGGGGUUGGCUUCACGUCAGAAGCAUUGCUUGCCUCCAGAUUGCUCGGGUGUGGGGCUGCAGCCCUUCUUGCCCUCUGCCCGCAGGCUCUGGCAAUGCCUCCAGACGCAGCAGUGACGGGAGGGACCAAGGAGCCCUGCUGGGUUCUGGCCUCUCUUCUAAUACAUACACAGUUUUAUCCCCCGCAGAUAACCAAAAUACUGUUGAAAGAAGCUCAGUUGUAGCUGUUGGUAUCAAUACAAAAGUAACACGAAUGUUAUUGCAAAAAUAUCAGACUGAAGUGGGUAGGAAAGUGAAAACUAUUGCAGUCUUAAUUUAAUAAUUAUCUUUUUUCUCCUCUUUUUUUGUUUUCAUUUUGGAAGUCUUGGUUUGCUUAGCGUAUAUUUCAGUUUGUAUUCCAGAGGUUGUGAUUGAUGUUAGGUUCCCCGUGAGGAGCGAGCAGUCUCCAGUCUCUCUCAAAACCAUAUUAAAACACAAAAAAAGGAAGAGGCAUAUUUUUUUCUGUAUUCUCGUUUCUGUGGUUCAAUUUCUCUUAAAUUGGAAACGUGCAUUUUUACUGGCAAACUGCUGUAUGCAGGGAAGUCAAGUUUUGGGACUGUUCUGACUUCUUCCAAAACCAGCAGAACUGCAGCAGUUGAGCCGUUGAGAGGAAGUUGAACGAAGGGUAUUAUGAAAUUAUUAGUUACCAUCACUCAUAUACGUGAAGGGGAAAUAACCACAGCCAUCAACCACGUGAAGACAGCCGCAUGGGUCCCACGUGGAGGCGGAGCUGGGGCCUCAACCGGGUGGCUCUGGUGGAAUCUCGUAUGUGACAACGACUGGAAGGGACCCCUGAGCACCUCCCUCUUCUUUGUGGGCGUCCUGCUUGGAUCUUUCGUAUCAGGACAGCUCUCAGACAAGUUUGGCAGGAAGAAUGUGCUAUUUGCAACUCUGGCGAUGCAGACUGGCUUCAGCUUCGUACAAGUCUUCUCUACUAGCUGGGAGAUGUUUUCGGUGUUCUUUGUGCUGGUUGGCAUGGGACAGAUCUCAAACUACGUGGCAGCCUUUGUUCUCGGCACAGAAAUUCUUGGCAAAUCGAUCCGUGUGCUGUUCUGCACGCUCGGCGUUUGCAUAUUUUAUGCAUUUGGCUACAUGUUGCUGCCCCUGUUCGCUUACUUCAUCAGAGACUGGCGGAUGCUGCUGCUGGCGCUUACCUUGCCUGGGUUGCUCUGCAUCCCACUCUGGUGGAUCAUUCCGGAAUCUCCACGGUGGCUGAUCUCUCAGGGAAGAUUUCAAGAGGCAGAAGACAUCAUCCGAAAGGCUGCAAAAAUUAAUGGUGUUACAGCCCCGGAUGUAAUAUUUGACCCUACUGAGCUGCAAGACUUGAAUUCCCAGAAGCAGCAGACGUACACCAUUCUGGAUCUAGUGAAAACCCGGAAUAUCCUAACUAUCACCAUCAUGUCAGUGAUUCUUUGGAUGAUAAUCUCUGUUGGUUAUUUCGGACUGUCUCUUGACACACCUAAUUUGCACGGAGACGUCUAUCUGAACUGCUUCCUCUCAGCAGUGAUUGAAGUUCCAGCAUACAUUAUUUCCUGGCUGCUGCUUCGAAAUCUCCCUCGACGGUAUUCAAUGGCUGCUGCGUUAUUCUUGGGAGGCUGUGUUCUUCUCUUCAUUCAGCUGGUGCCUUCACAUUUGCGUGCAAUAUCUGUUCUCCUGGUGAUGUUAGGGAAGUUUGGGAUCACAUCUGCCUUUUCAAUGGUUUAUGUUUACACGGCUGAGCUCUACCCAACAGUAGUGAGAAACAUGGGAGUUGGAGCAAGUUCCAUGGCCUCUAGGCUGGGCAGCAUCCUCUCGCCUUACUUUGCUUACCUCGGUGCCUAUGAUCGAUUCCUGCCUUACAUCCUGAUGGGGAGCCUGACUGUGCUGUCAGGAAUUCUGACCUUAUUUCUACCAGAAAGCUAUGGUAUGCCGCUUCCAGAUACAAUAGAGCAAAUGCUGCUGGUGAAAGGAUUAGAAUACAGGCCUGCAACCAGUAGCACAAGGGAGUCCAAGGAAGAAGAAGAAAAUCCAGAGAUUUUGAAAAGCACAGCUUUUUGAUGGAGCUCCUUUUUUUUUUUUUUUUUGAGCUCCUUUGGACUGAAAGUUGAAUGGACUUUUCUUCUGAAAUUCAUUCUAGAAAGGGCUAGUGGUAACACUUUGUUUCCUGUAAUAUUAACCUUAUUUAUUAAUUCAAGCACUGUGUUCUCUACAUUCUCUUUUUAUAUGAACGUCAAUACUUAGAUUUUUUCAGCCACAGUUGAUUCAAUGCAGUAGUACCAUGGAACGGUGUCUGAUCAGUCCCUUGUGACUUUUAACUGUAUAGUUCAGCUGAAUGAUACUUGAAAAGGAGUUGAAGGGCUGCUGGGGUCUGUGGGUUCCUCGGGGAGCCUUCUCCAGAGCUGGUGCACAUCAAGAAGGAAAAAUUGCCAGAAAAAGCUGCUAGUUGGUUUUGAUUCCUCGACAUCUGUCUCUGUACAGGAAACUUAUUUAUUAGAGUGCAGGUUCUGAGAAAGUGCGUUUCUGUGAUCUCACUCGAAUGACUUUACUGAAUUUGGUACCAAAUGCAGAAAGAUGCAAAGAAAGAUUUUGAAGAUGAAUUCUAACUGGGUAUAUUUUAACUCAGCUUAGAUGGAAAGUCUUGCACAAAGUAUUUGUAGUACUGAAGUUUUGCUCACAAGAUUCACUGGAUUCCAACGCUGGUUUUCCCUGUGCAAUGAAGUUGUUUACGUCUGACCCUGGAUGUAGCCUGCUUCCAGGUCAUAUUUAUUUUAAAUCAUGCAAAAGGUUCCAUCUGUGCUGGGAGGGAGCAGUGUCAGUUUGGGGUUCUUCCCUGUUAAUGUGUGGUGGAAGUUUUCUAUCUAAAUUGUUUUAACGUUUUCUGUGCAAUCUGGAUGCCGGAAACAAUUCCCUUGCCUUUGUUCUGUGCUUUUCACCCACAUGAAUGUACACACGCACACAAUUAAUGUACUUAGGAGAUAAAUUUUUGUGUUAAUCUGUGUCGCUGCAUUGACUUCGUGGUUCAAUGUACUGAGAACAAGACUGAGAAUGUAUUUCUGGCCGCUGCUUCUCAGUUCUCAAGUGCCAACUGUACAAUGACAGAGAGGUCUGUUAUUUCACUUAACUACUGUAAUUAGGGAAUUGUUUUCCAAUUGUUUAAAGAAAUCCAAACAAAUAACGUUGAUAGUCUGCCAAGAAAUUGUUCCUUGGGUGGUGGAAGCACCCUUGGCAUUACCUAUGGUUCUUUGUAUAUGAACACCCUCUCUCGUCUGGGCUGCUCUGGUUACGCUUCAACAGAUGCGAAUGGGGAAGGAUUUCUCUCUUGUGGCACUUGUUUGUGUUUUGGUCUGUCCUGUAGAGAUGGAAUAAACAGAAUUUAAACCACGGUAGCCAAAGCUGUAGGGCCCUUACUCUGCUCUCUGGGGAAGUUGUGGGUUCUCCUGCUGCGUUUCAGGGUGACAUUGGCUGAUUCCAGUCUUUCGUUGACCAAUACCCCAUGUUCUGUCCUUGGUAACUGGUUCCAGUAGUGGGACUGACACGUGCCCUCCAGACUGCUUGUUGUAGAAAGAAGAAAACACUGUAUAGACAACAGCAUUUUGUUUUGUUUAAACUCCUCCUGCCGGUGCCCUGAGCUUUGGCAUUUGCUCUGCUUUCCCUGCAUCUUCUCACCUGCUUGUUCAAGUGUUUUAGUUUCUGGGUGCAGGAGGCACUUGGCCCAUGUUACCGCAUCCAAGAACGGGCCUGAGGCAUGUAUUUUUGUUGUACCAUCAGCUCUUCUGAGGAGAGGAGUCGCAGUGUUUGGGCCGGUUCUGUGUCACUGCCAUUCGAUGGGCUGACAGCCCCUUGGCACGCGGGUGUGAAAUGCACUGUGAGAUUUGAAGCUCGUGCAAAAAUUGAGAACCUGGAUUUUGCAAGCCUCACUGCACAUCGUGUAGGAGCCCUGACAUGAGCAAAUACGUGUC